AUGUCUGGAAGAGGAAAGGGCGGCAAGGUCAAAGGAAAGGCCAAGAGCAGAUCGAGCAGAGCCGGAUUGCAGUUCCCGGUAGGAAGAAUACACAGGCUGUUGCGCAAAGGCAACUACGCCGAGAGAGUUGGAGCCGGAGCGCCCGUAUACUUAGCAGCGGUCAUGGAGUAUUUGGCGGCCGAAGUUUUGGAGUUGGCC